AUAACACCGAGCCCCGCGACUGGCCGAUGCCACUCAAGAAACCAUCCACAAACACUAGGGCAAUCCCAAGGUUCUAGAACACUCGGAGGAUUUGUGAUGAUCCUCCACUUGUCGGGUAGAGAUCCCGCCGACAUAUGCGGUCAAUAUCCGAUGCCUCCCAAGAGAAGCAACUUUCCCCGGUCAAUGAUCCUUCCAACUUUGAAGGACCAAUAGUUGACAUUACAAUAUCGAGACAGUCACUGUUCCUCCUAUCAUGCCUGUAUUGGUAUCCCGCAGCCAAGGUGCGCAGGUCCUGCAUCGAGCAUCAAGCAAGCGGCACCCACUUCAACGAGAUCCAGACCUGGAGCCAGACCGGUGUAUGCCAGCCCCUCCUCAGAAUGCCCAACCACUGUGCCGAUUUUGGCAGCUUUGUACAUACUGCAGAAAUGGCUGUUGCAGUGACCACUCAGACAUCGGAUGGAGGAGGUGCAGGGCCGACCGACCACAGCCGGAUUAUGCAUACCAGCAGAGGUGGCUGCGACCUAGCCUAACGUCAUGAGAGGUUGAUUACCAAUCGCGUCGUUCCCCGGUGGACGUUCAAGUACAGAGAUUGAGAAUCGACGUGACACACUUGGUGACUGAUCGAUGCCCUUCGGCUUGACAACGCACGCUGGGACCGGGGAGGCUGUUUUGGUGCCACUUGAAAGGACGAGGACAGAUCGGAUGGAUUACAAAACGGGCGUGCUGGAAACAUUGUCGGACGAGACCGUGGUGCUCCCUUUCUUGAGGAACAUUCUGCAUUUUGGAGUCUGGUGAGGGAGCUUGUUCCAAACCAGAACAAUGGCUUCCAAGAGUGUAGAGAAGUCUGGCCACACCAAUGCACUUCAGGGGUCUACGGUCGUUGUUCGAGAAAAUAUGUCGCCUUUGACGUCCUCGAGUGACGAUGUCACGAUGGAUGAGGCCGACAGGAAGCUGGAAGCCAUGGGGUACACACCGGUCUUCAAACGAGAGUUCUCCACCUGGUCCAGCUUCAGCUUUGCCAUGAGCAUAUCCGGCGUCUAUGGCUCCCUCAUGUCCACUUGGAUAUACGGACUACAAGCCGGUGGAGCUGCCGCCAUCAUGUGGAGUUGGGUCAUAGGGGGUGCCGGGGCUUGGGCAUUGGCACUUAGUCUGGCUGAGCUAUCGUCAGCAUAUCCAAGUUCAGGGGCUAUGUACUUCACUCUGAAGUUUCUUGCGCCAGAGGAGCAAGUGCCCAUCUUGUGCUGGAUUUCGGGCUACAUCAAUCUUGUUGGAACCGUCACCGGCAGUGCCGCCACCGAAUAUGCAUCCAGUCAGAUGCUGCUCGCAGCUGUGUCCAUCACCUCCAACUUCUCUUACAUGCCGACCAACAACCAUGUUGUGGCUUGUAUGGCCAUCUUGACCGUCAUUCAUGCCUCGAUCAACACACUGUCAACACUAUGGCUGACACGAUUGACCAGUGGCUAUGUCGUAUUCCACAUCAGUGUUCUGGUUGGCGCCUGCGUGUGCCUGCUCGUUCAGACAAAGGAAAAGCAUAGCAUUGCAUAUGCCUUCACUGACUUCCAGCCCUCAUCCGGCUGGAACCCCCCUGGCUUUGCCUUUCUCUUUGGCUGUCUGACACCAGCCUGGAUCAUGACAAGCGCUGAUAGCACAGCCCGCAUCGCCGAAGAAGCCAAAGACCCCGCCCGCAUAGUCCCCAAAGCAAUCGCCAACGCCACAACCUUCACGUACAUCAUCGGCUUCCUCUUCAACCUCGUACUAGUGAUCUGCAUGGGCGACCCUCUCGAACUAGUCCAAAGCCCCAGCGGCCAACCAGUAGCCCAACUCUUUUUCAAUGCCAUGGGCCGCACCCCAGCAAUACUGUUCACCCUCUGCGGCUUCGCAGUAAUGAACCUAGUCGCCAUCCCAGGCAUCCAAGCUGGCUCCCGCACCAUCUUCGCCUUUGCCCGCGACGACCUGCUCCCCUUUUCCCACCACUGGUGUCGGGUCUCCAAGCGCUCCCAAACACCCAUUACCGCGGUGUGCUUAUAUGCCGCCCUCGAGAUUAUUGUUAAUCUCCUCGGGUUAAUGUCCGACACGGCAAUCAGUGCCGUGUUCAACGUCUGCACUGUUUCCUUGAAUAUCUCUUAUCUGGUCCCCAUCGUCUGCAAGAUGCUGUACGGGAGAUUUGAAAAAGGGCCGUGGAAUCUGGGGAGGUGGAGCUUCGUGAUGAAUGUGGUUGCUGUGGGGUGGAACACGCUCAUGGCAGUUAUUUUCUUUUUUCCUACCAGGUUGCCGGUUGCGGCGGAGAAUAUGAACUAUGCUAUUGUCGUGUUUGUGUUUGUUCUGAUGUUUUCUGUUGGAUUUUGGUAUACCCAUGGGCGACAUUUUUAUACCGGUCCUGGGACGAGGAGGCCGUUGGCAGCCACGGUUGUUGAGACGUUGGGUUGAGGAUGGGGGCUAUGUUAACUUGACUAGGCGGAGGGCGAAGAUAGUAGGGCGAUUCGAUGUGAGAUUGGUACAUAUAUGUUUGUUUUUGGAGCUGGUGAUAAUAAUGGGGUCCCAUAGUAAAGACACAGGAAAAGAAUAACGAGGACAAAGACGCCAGCCAAGGGGCUUCCCUGGCUUGACAGUGAAAA